AUGGCUUCUGAGCAAGAUCACGCGCAAUCCUCCAAUUUUGCAACGCAAGAUAUGGGGGCCCAUCACAAUAUCAACGGAGCGGAACUUGAGAAACUUGCUAGACACCACCCAAUCACGGUUUCUCAAGUUCCUGUCCCUCCAUUUGAAAAGCUUGCAAAUCCCGGUCCUUUGGGUCUCAUCGGUUUUGCCGUCACUACCUUUGUCCUAGGCCUAUACCAAUGUGGAGCAGGGCUACCACAUUCCAAUCCACACGGCAAGGUCGGGCCUGAUCAAGCUGUGUUUGGGCUAGCUAUCUUUAUGGGUGGCUUUGCACAGUUUGUAGCCGGUAUCAUGGAAUUCCGCGUUGGGAAUACUUUUGGUACAACUGUACACUGCUGUUACGGCGCCUUCUGGUUUAGCUACGCCAUGUUCUUGGUCCCCUCCCUGGAUAUUAAGGGUUCUUAUGCUGGGGACGAUAGAGCCUUCUCCUUUGCUAUUGGGAUCUACCUCAUCAUAUGGUGUUUUCUGACGUUCCUCUUCCUCCUCGCGGCUCUGAGGACAAACUGGAGCAUUGUCGGCGUUUUCUUCUUCCUCGUCCUGGCCUACCUUUUCCUCUCAAUCGCCCAGUUUAUUUCAACUCAGCAUCCCAAAGCUAGCGUCAAUGUGAACAAGGCAGGCGGUGCAUUCGCAGUAAUUUGCGCAUUUCUCGCCUUCUAUGCUGGAGCCUCGGGACUGAUGGUUCAAGAGACGACAUUUGUACGGUUUCCACUUGGUGCCAUAUCCUCCGGUACACCCAGCAAUGUCAACAAUGCUUAA